CCGUUGUGGUACUGUCAUUGGGUCUAUAAAUCACACUCAGAAUUGUAACCCUAUCAAAACAAUAUAUUCAUUGUCAAUGGCCAACUCUCUGCAAUCUCUAUUCUUUAUCGUUCCCGUUCUCUUCCUCAUCCCAUACAAGGUGGCAUCUACCACCCACCACCACCACCACCACCACCACGGACUUAAAACCCUCCACUUCUCUCUCUAUCAACAAGAGACGAUCAACAAGACUGGAUACGUCAUCGUGAAUGGAGUGGCUGGACCUGGUAUCAGUCAGACCACCACACCUUUUGGCACCAUAUUCACCUUCCAGGAUCCUAUGACUGUAACAGCAAACCGAUCCUCUAAAGUCGUAGGGAUCGCCGAAGGCACCUCCAUUACUUCAUCCCUUGAUGGCCUUCGGAGCAUAUCGAUUGCUAAGAUCACUCUGAGUAUGAAGAACUACAAGGGGUCACUGUCUAUUUUGGGGGGUACGCAUAACAUCAAGCCUUCGGACCACCCAGUCGUCGGGGGCACUGGUGACUUCAUGUUUGUUCAAGGAUAUGUGACAUCAUCGCCAGUAGAUCUCAAGGGACAAACAGUUGUUUACAAAAUCGAAUUCCAUCUCUACUGGCCUCCGUAUGCGAUCCAGGCAUCUUCUUGAAAAGCUUCAUCCAAUUGAGCCUAGUAAUGAGUUAUUCCGCUUUUAUAUUUGGUUGUCUUUUAAGUAAGUUUUGAGGUAGAAACUAUGACAGGCUUCGAAAAUUUUGUAAGGACCCUCUGGCAUGGCCUGUAUCAAAGCCGAUUUUUCCUAUUUUUUUAGUUUUUUUUAAACCUGAUUCAGAGAGAUCGAUUUAAGACCUAUGUACCCCCCUGAAGCAGGUUAAACCCUGAAACACCCGCAUAUUGGGAAACCCCCGAUAUGGCUUGAUAUAUAUCCAAAUUUCAAACCUUGGCUGAGAGGUAUAAUACUGAGAGCUUUGACCAAUCAAAACCCCCUCCUGGAUUUUGAUGAAUACUAUGAUCGGUUACAACUUGUAUGAUGCCUAUUGAUUGGUUACAAGUUUUUCCAAUAUCAUGUCUUUCGGUAUCAUAAUCCAACCCGUGUCAUAAUGUUUUGGAAAAUAUCAAUUUGUUGGUGUUUUGAUUGUCAAUAAACAUGAAGAAAAGUAAACCUUUAUUAGUC